AUGAGCAGCAUGGUGCAGAACGAAAAGCAGCAUGAGGCUGGUGACCGAUGUGAGUUUGACCGGAGGCAGGGUCACUGUGUACCCGGCGUCUGUCGCAAUGGAGGGACAUGCCAGGAGCUUUCUGGUGGAGGUUUCCGUUGCAAGUGUCCCCCAGGAGCCUAUGAGCACCCUUACUGCACCGUCACCGCCCGAUCCUUCCCACCAAAAUCCUUUGCUAUGUUUAGGGGCCUCAGGCAGAGAUUCCACCUCUCCAUCUCACUAAGUUUUGCUACCCUUGAGAAAAGCGGUCUUCUUUUCUACAACGGACGCUUCAAUGAGAAGCAUGAUUUCAUUGCUUUGGAGCUUCAAGAUGGACAACUGGUCUUCAAAUAUUCCACAGGUGAAUCGUCCACUCAGGUGAGCCCCUUCUUACUUGGUGGCGUGAGCGAUGGAAACUGGCAUACGGUUCACAUCCAUUACUACAACAAGCCAGCUACACGCUAUCCCAGACGCAGUUUGAUCGGAGAAGCCCAGGGUCCAUCGGACGAGAAGAUAGCCGUGGUGAGCGUCGAUGAUUGUGACACAGCUCUCUCGCUUCGCUUUGGUUCACAGCUUGGAAAUUAUAGCUGUGCUGCACAGGGCAAACAAACCAGCAGCAAGAAGUCUCUGGAUCUGACUGGCCCUUUAUUUCUGGGUGGAGUCCCUAAUGUGCCUGACAACUUUCCCUUUGGCAGCAGGGAGUUUAUCGGUUGCAUGAAAGACCUGCACAUUGACAACAAAGCACUGGAUCUGGCUGGAUUUAUUGCCAACAAUGGGACACUUUCUGGUUGCAGUGCCAAACACCCAUUCUGUAAGUCUAACCCAUGUCAAAAUGGGGGUACUUGCAGGGUAAGCUGGGAGACCUUCUCCUGUGAUUGUCCUCUAGGAUAUGGAGGAAAAGAUUGCAGCCAUACCAUGCCACACCCACAUCGGUUUCUUGGGAACAGUGCCCUUAUGUGGGACCUGAAGAAUGACGUGACCAUCUCCACACCCUGGUACCUGGGCUUGGUGUUCAGAACCAGAGCAAGAGAGGGGACGCUGCUGAAGGCCCAGGCUGGUCAGUACACCAGUCUGCUGUUCCAGGUGAUAAACGGUCAACUGGUUUUCUCAAUAACCCAUGGCUCCACCAGACCAGUACGCUUGCGUUUGGAUCAGGUUCAAGUGGCAGAUGGCCGUUGGCACGAUCUCCAGCUGGAGCUGCGAGACGUCCACAGCGGCCGUGAGACGCGCUACGUUGCCACGCUGCGCCUCGACUUUGGGCUCUAUCAGGGAACAGUGAUCGUGGGAAAUGAGAUUCAUGGCUUGAAGGUGAAACAUCUCCACGUUGGAGGAGUGCUGGGCUCUGGCGAGGUCCAGAGCGGGAUUAAAGGAUGCAUACAGGGAGUUCGUCUGGGCAUGAGGCCAGAUGCCCCUGCACUCCCGCGUCCAUCCAAAGCCAUCAAAGUAGAGACUGGCUGUAACGUUGGAAAUCCCUGUGUUUCAUCCCCUUGUCCAGCUCACAGCCGCUGCUCUGACGUCUGGGAGCGCCACACCUGUAUAUGUGAACCUGGGUACUACGGGAAAAGCUGCACUGAUGCCUGUCACCUGAGUCCUUGUGAAAACGAGGCUCAGUGCCACCGCAAGCCCAGCUCUUCCCAUGGAUACAUUUGUGACUGUGGAGACAAUCACUAUGGGCAGUACUGCCAGCACAGGAUUGACCACCAGUGCCCUCGGGGUUGGUGGGGAUCUCCCACCUGUGGACCGUGUCACUGUGAUGUAAAUAAAGGCUUUGACCCUGACUGCAACAAGACGAGUGGACACUGUCACUGCAAGGAGUUUCACUAUCGCAACAGAGUCUCUGACACCUGCCUCCCAUGCGACUGUUACCCGGUGGGCUCCUUUUCACGAUCGUGUGACCCUGAGACGGGCCAGUGUCAGUGCAGACCUGGCGUGAUCGGCCGCCAGUGCAACAUGUGUGACAACCCCUUUGCUGAAGUCACUAAUUCAGGAUGUGAAGUUAUCUAUGAUGGCUGUCCAAAGACCAUCACUCAGGGGAUCUGGUGGCCUCGAACCAAGUUUAACCUUCCUGCCGCUGUGCCCUGCCCCAAAGGCUCUGUAGGUGCAGCAAUCCGACACUGUGAUGUGGAGAGAGGGUGGCUGGAACCAGACCUUUAUAACUGCACCUCGCCUCCAUUUGUCGAACUCAACAUCGCUCUUGAUUCCCUGGAGCGUAAUGAGACGGAGCUGAACACCAUCAUGGAGAAAAAGCUAGCUCACCAGCUCAGGGACGUUACCGAGGCUACCAGCCGCCUCUAUGGCAAUGACCUGCAGAUUGCUGAGCGACUCCUCUCCCGCCUCCUGACGUUUGAGACCCAACAGAGUGGCUUUGGCCUCACCGCCACUCAGGACGCACACUUCAAUGAGAACAUCCUGAGAGGUUGCAGCGUGCUGUUGGGUCCCGGUACAUCGGGACUUUGGCGGGCCCUUGCUCAGAGUCAGAAUCACAUUCUCGGUGGUGGUCCAGCUGAAUUGACGGAGCUGCUGGAACAGUACUCCAAGAACCUGGCCCAGAACAUGAAACUUACCUACCUCAACCCUGUGGCCUUGGUCUCACCCAACAUAGUUAUGAACCUGGACCGCGUGGAAAACCACACCCAUGUCCGGCGGCGCUUCCCACGUUAUCACAACACCUUGUUCCGCGGUCAAGCUGUAUGGGACCCUUACACACACGUGAUACUACCACCUGCUGCCCUGGUGCCACAACGACAGCAACACAGCAGGAAGGACAAAGAACGUUUAGAGAAAGAACCCUCGCCCCCUCAGAGUGCCGCCUCGGCCCCUGCUAGCAUUUCAGCCAAUCAAACGAAGGAAUACACUGCGGCUAGGCGCAGUGCUUUAGUGACUGACCCACCCAUCACCAUCGUCAUCUUGCUGAUCUAUCGCAGCCUUGGGGCUGCUUUGCCUCCAAAGUACCACGCAGACCGGAGAGGAGUGAGGCUUCCCAGACACCCGGUUAUGAACUCCCCGGUGGUCACCAUCUCUGUCUACAACAACCAGACGUUUGUCGGCGGUCACUUGGACCAGCCCAUACUCCUGGAGUUUAAACUGCUGGAGACGGCCAAUCGCAGCAAGCCUCUUUGUGUGCAGUGGAACCACAGCAGUCCACAUGAGAGCGGCGGCUGCUGGACAGUGAGGGACUGUAUAGUGGUGUACAGGAAUACUUCUCAUGUCCGCUGUCAGUGCCAGAGACUGGGCACCUUCGGGGUGCUGAUGGACAGCUCCCAUAGAGAGCAGUUAGAGGGGGAUCUGGAGACUCUGGCGCUGGUGACUUACUCCUCCUUGUGCGUCUCCAUGCUGGCCCUUCUCCUCACUGUCCUGGCGCUGUCUUGCCUCCGUGGCCUAAAGUCCAACACUAGGAGCAUCCACUCGAACAUAGCGGCGGCCAUGUUUUUGUCAGAGCUGGUGUACCUGCUCGGGGUCAAUCAGACCGAACAACAGUUCUUGUGCACCGUUGUCGCCAUCCUCCUGCAUUACUUCUUCAUGUCUACAUUUGCUUGGAUGUUCGUAGAGGGUCUUCAUAUCUACCGAAUGCAGACCGAGCAGCGCAACAUCAACUAUGGAGCCAUGAGGUUCUAUUAUGCCAUCGGCUGGGGCGUGCCUGCCAUCAUCACAGGCCUGGCUGUCGGAUUGGAUCCGGAAGGUUACGGAAACCCAGAUUUCUGUUGGAUCUCCAUGUAUGACAAACUCAUCUGGAGCUUUGCUGGUCCUGUUGCUAUUGUUUUACUGAUGAAUGGAGGGAUUUUCACCAUUGUAGCCAAGAUGUCCUGUAACCCAUCUCAGAAGGAGACUAAGAAACUUUCUGUCAUUGCUACUAUCCGAAACGCCUUUUUGCUAUUGCUGGUUGCCACCUCCACCUGGCUGUGCGGUCUGAUGGCUGUAAAUAACAGCAUCCUCGCCUUCUACUACAUAUUUGAUGUUCUCUGCCUACUGCAGGGCCUCUCGGUGAUGCUGGUUUUCACUGUGUUGAACUCCGAAGUUCAGGAGGCCUGGAGAGUUGCCUGUUUAGGUAAGAAGAGCCCUGGAGAAGACCCACCGAGAACACAACAGAACACUGCCCAGAAUCCCUACCAUAAUGCAUCCCUGUUGGAGCAGAGUGGGCUGCACCGCAUCACCUUGGGAACCUCCACCAUCUCCUCCGUCAGCUCGGCGAGAGAAAAUCUAUUGGCACGUCAGAAUCUAGAGCAAAACAUCGUCCACACAGGAGCGACCGACCUGGAUGUAGCCAUGUUCCACAGAGAUGGAGGUGGUGAUUCUGAUUCAGACUCAGAUCUUUCCAUGGAUGAAGAGCGAAGUCUCUCCAUCCCUUCCUCUGAGAGUGACGACAAUGUCCGUCUGCGGGGGCGCAUCCAGAGGCGAUUCAAACGCUCCAAUCAUAGCGAGCGUCUCCUCACUGAACCCACCAACAAUGGCACCAAAGAUUUGGAUGGCAAUGAUCUUCUGUCCUACUGGCCUGCUCUGGAUGAAUGUGACACCUUGCAGAAGUGGGGCUCAGAGCGCCCCCUUGGAGGGGAUUACAACAAGGACGCCGCCAACAACAACCAGCUGGAUGCAGCACUCACCAGUGGGGAUGAGAAUGGCCUUACCCAGCCACACAGACAUCGAAAGGGUAUCCUGAAGAACCGCCUUGGUUGUCAACCAGCACUUCAGGGUCUUUCCACCAUGGGCAGGGUGCCUAGUGAGCUCAACUGGUACCGGACCUCGACGCUCGGUCACCGAGGUGUUCCAGCGGCUUCCUAUGGCCGUAUGUACUCUGCCACAGCUGGUGCAACCGGAGGUUCCGGUUCUCUCUCCCAGCCAGCCUCAAGGUACUCCUCGAGGGAGCACCUGGACUCUCUUGCCAGGAGGCAACUGUCCCGGGAUCCCCUUGGAAGGCAGACCGUGGGGGGUUCAAGGGAGCGUCUGGACUCCCGGGGUUCCAGGGAUAACCUAGAUCUCCUACCCAGGAGGAGAGAACUAGGCUUAGGACUCGGAGCAGGGCUCGUAGGCUUGGAUCACCAACGAGUCUCAUCAUCUAGGGAAAACUUGUCAGGAUCCAGGGACAGACUGGAUAACCAUCAUGGGACCAGCUUCCAUGCUUCAAGGGAGGAUUUGAGUGGAAAUGGAGGAGCUGUGGGAGCUGGAGUGGAAGGAUACCUAAGUGGGUCCAGGUCCCAGUUGAACUCUUUAUCUCGCCGACAAGCCUCGUCACGAGAGCACCUCGGAGGGCCACUCGUGAUCAGUAGGUCCAGAGAGCAAUUGGAGGCUAACGGGGUGGGAGCUCAGGCUCAGCCGUGUCGGGAGUGGCUUCGCAGUCUACCACCAAGGCAGCCCUCACACCCCGACCAGCCUCUAUCUGCUUCUCCUCCUCCCCCGAUCUCAGAGGAGCCACAACAAGAACAGCUACCUCCUCCAUCUCAUGUCAGAGGACGCCUGGACUCCGCACCUUCAUGUAGGUACCCAGGUCAGACUGUCCCCCAACUUGCAGGCCCAAAUCCAAACCCCCUGGUUCGACAGCCAUCCAGUGAACAGCUGGACAUAUUGUCCUCCAUCCUGGCAUCUUUUAAUUCCUCUGUCCUGACUCCUCCUGCUGCCUCUAACCCUGGUCCUAAUGGCUCUGUCCAUGGACCCUCGCCUUCCCCACCCCAGUCUACCACUUCUCACAGCAUAUCGGAAGUUUCCCCCGACUCAGAAGCCCACAGGAGUGAGGGGCAGUCUUGAUGACAGCCUCCACAUCUGUUAAUGCAUCUAUCUAAAGCAACAGUGUGGGGACAAAAUCAAAGGUCAAGGAUGGACCUGAACUGAAGGGGCAACCUGGAAAGUAGAAAACAAAUUGACUUAUCGGAGCCAAAAACAUGAAGAUCAACCAAGAAAAGGGUCAAACUAAACGGACUUUGACAAAAGAGGACGUUUGUGAGCGGGAUGUUUUGUGUAAAUCAAGUUUUCAAGUCCCACUGCUCUCAGUCUAUGGAUUUAUGGACAACGAAAAAACUAUCUGAUUUAACUACCUAACAGUCAGACAAAAAGGGGGAAAAAAAUUUUCAGAUGUUAAACUCACAUGAUGCGAUAAGACCUUUUAAAAAAGAAGAAAGAAGUUUCUGUACAUAGCCUUUUUAUACAUUUUUUAUCUUUUUCAUUGAAGGUAAAAAAAUUAUCUUGUGAUGUUUCUUUUUUUUAACGCUGUCACGUCCGUGUGAGGUUGUGAAUGAGGUUGAAGUGAGUGCUGUUGUGUUGCUGAGGAGAGAUAUUUCCUCUAUGAAGUAAAAAAGAAAAAAAAAUUCUCCAACAUCUCCCCAGAAAUACAUUUUCCUGAGAAUGUUUUCCUCAGUCCUUUGAACUUCAUGUAAAGCGAGACGGCAUCCGGCAAUAGAGCAUCUGAUGAGAUUAUUGAAAGAUGUGGUUGAAAGGAUAAUAUCAAAGUAUCGUGAAGUGAUUGUAGACAGGGAAGAAUUAAAUAUAGGAGAAGAGAGUUGAUGGAGCAAGAUGAAUGUGCAAAGAAAGCUUGCUAACAACACAUUAGAUUCAAACCUGGUUUUAAACUAUUAAAGCUGCUGUAAUGGGAAGAUUGUGCUAUUUUGUGAUCUGAUGUAUGUAAUCGUGACCUUGUGUUCCAACUGGUGCUGUCUGUACCAGACCCUAUCAGUCUGCUGAUGUAACAGGAACAUAUCAGAGCUGUAAACACCUGCUGGGUGAUGGUUGAUCUCGAUGUCUUCCUCUCUCCAUGAGGUGGGAUCCAGUAUCAACCAAUUUUAAGAACGCCUCCCCUCAAGGGUUCUUUACACUUUGAUGCAUCAUGACUCAACUUGCCUGAAGCGCCACCACAGGAGCAGCUGAAUCUUUCCAGCAGCAACCAGGAAACUCUUUGUAAGUGCUUCUCAUGCAGAAGGCUCUGGUGCAAAUCUAAGCCAAAGGGACAUAAAUCAGUUCAAAACAUUGUUUUACCCUUGAAAAUGCCUUCCACUGGGUGUCAUGGCUGUAAAAGUAAUUCCCUUUUUUUUUUUUACAGCUAUGAUUUCUUUCAUAUAUUUAGUCACAAAUAUAAACCAAAUGAAAUAUUUUUUUUGUUACUGAGGCCUUAGUUCUACACAAUAUAAACAGCUGUGGUUGGCAUUUUAUCUCGCUGUAUACCCUUCAAACUGAUUUUGAUUCAGAAUGGCAGAAGAAGAAAAAAAAUAACAAGAACAAUGCUGUUGAAUCCCAGUUUGCUCAAAUAUUUAUUGACGACAUGAAGGGAGAUGUGAAUCCUGUAUGCAGUGCAGGCGUCUACCUGAAUAUAUCAGCAUCUUUUACUACCAGACUCAGUCGAAAGGAAAUAUUCCAGAUAUGAGGCACUUUUUAUUUCAAAUCUGAACCUAAGUGAUUCCUUCUAAGACACUUUCAGACAGAUUUUCCAACCGUUUAGAGAACUAAUAGAGAUGAGGUGUUCUCUGAGUUCAGCUAAGCUUCACUGCCAUGUAUUAGUUGACGAAGGGAAGAUGAGAUGUCAGCACUAAAAGCAUCUGUUUUUUUUUUUUGUUUUUGUUUUUUGUUUUUUUUUCGAUGUAGGUAUUUGAAUCUGUUUUUUUAAGCAGAGGCUGUCUCGUUUUAAAGAGAUAGUUCAGGAUUUUACAUGGCGAGGAUGUAUUAAAAGGUAGGAGCAGUAUAUAAGUUAGUAUAAAUCCAGGUGAUUUGGACCUGAAGGCUCAAAUUAACAAUCAAUAUUAAUUAAUAAAUCCCUACUCUGCAGUCAUGUUUUGUAUUUGGUGGAUACUUACACAGCGACUGCUGAAUGUUUUCACAGGAAAUGAAGUUGGAUGGUGGUGCGCCACCAAUGAUUUUGUGAAACAUGCAGAGAAUAGAAGAUAUGAAUUGUUUCUGUCACAUUAGGAACAGAGUAAAACAAAGCAGGGUAGAAAUUGUGAAAGAAAAACAUUUGAAAUUGGUUCAUUUUUUUUUUGUAAAACUUGAAAACCUUUAACUGAUAUAUUAUAGAUAAUAAGAAAGUAGGGUCAGCAUUCACAGCUUUGACAUAAUUUAAAUUAAAUGAAUUUAAAACAGCAAAGGUUCCCUUUGAUCUUGAUCCGCCUCUUCAUAACUGUGAGCUGCAGCCUCCAGAGCCAGCUUAUCUAAGUUUAUACAAAAUUAUAAUGAGCCUAAGAACCUUUCAUUUCUGAACUAUCUCUUUAGACAAACACCCAUUUAGAGCGAUGAAUGAAAAUAUGUUUUUUUUUUUUUUU